UCUUAUUUCAGAGAAAAAAGAAUGAUGAGAAUGCCAUCUCUUAACCUCAAAUUAGUGGCUUUGCUUUUAAUUGGAACUUUCGCCUUGGUGCUUAUCUUUGCGAAAGAGGCCCACCCUGCAGAUGAGCCAUCAGAUAACAUGCAGAUAAAGGACACAAAUGAAUCAAUGCCUGACCAAAUAACUAAGAAACCAGUCCGGGUGCGGUCAGACGCCAUCACAUGGCCACCUUGUCAGCGUAAUGAAUCUGCAUCCAACGUGACAGGCUUUUCUUCACUUCCCGGCCACAUCCAAGACUUCCUGUAUUAUCGUCACUGCCGCCACUUCCCCAUGCUGCUUGACGUACCUGAUAAAUGUGGAGGUCCACAGAACUCUGCUGAUGUCUUCCUUCUGCUGGUUAUUAAGAGCUCGCCUUGGAACUAUGACCGCAGGGAGGUUCUACGUAAAACCUGGGCAGAGGAGAGAAUCCAGAAUGGUGUAUGGGUGCGUCGACUCUUCAUCUCAGGAACCACAAGCUCAGGAUUUGAGAAGUCAAAGCUGAACAACUUACUGGAGUUGGAAAACAAAGAACAUCAUGACAUCUUACAAUGGGACUUCAGUGACACCUUCUUCAAUCUAACAGUGAAGCAAAUUCUGUUUCUCGAGUGGAUGGAGAGGAACUGCCCAAAUGCUCGCUUCCUGCUGAACGGUGAUGAUGACAUCUUCGCCAACACAGAUAACAUGGUGGAAUACUUUCAAAGCCUCAAGGACAAUGAUGGAAGCAAGCAUCUGUUUGAGGGUUCUCUGGCACAUGUCGGUGGACCCAUCAGAGACCGAGGGAACAAGUACUAUGUGCCACUUCAGGUACAAGAGUCAGAAACAUUCCCCCCCUAUUGUUCAGGAGGGGGAAUUCUCCUGUCAGGCUACACAGCUAUGGUCAUAUACAAAAUGUCUCAGUCAAUAACCAUAUUGCCCAUUGAUGAUGCUUACCUGGGGAUGUGCCUGCAAAAGGCUGGUCUUGGCAUCAAGUCCCACAUCGGUGUUCACUGUGAAGGACUGCACAUCCCUUCUAAAAGGCUUGAUGCCCAUGACCCUUGUUUUUACAAGGAAAUUAUUUUGGUACACAGAUUUGUAGUACAUCAGAUUUACAUCAUGUGGCAUGCAGUACGUGACCCUAUCCUGAAAUGUGGCGGAAAGACUUUGACACUUUAGACGUGUUGAUUUCCCAGGCGUCUCUCUUAGUGAUGAAUCUUCCCAUAUGUUUUGUCAACAAUAUAAUUUGCAUAUAGUGGUCAACUGACAUCUGGCAAACUUCUUCAUCUGUACCAGGACAGGGCUUCUGUCACGCUGAGAGGUGGUGUAGGACCCAAAUGCAAGGGAGUACGCAGCCAUUUUGAAAACAAAGGGUUUAAUCAUGAAAAGCCAGGGAAACAGAAAGGUUACAUUUACAUUUAGUCAUUUAGCAGACGCUCUUAUCCAGAGCGACUUACAGUAAGUACAGGGACAUUCUCCCCCGAGGCAAGUAGGGUGAAGUGCCUUGCCCAAGGACACAACGUCAAUUGACACGGCCAGGAAUCGAACUGGAAACCUUCAGAUUACUAGCCCGACUCCCUCACCGCUCAGCCAUCUGCCUGGGUACUCACACAGUCAUGGGUAGUAAGGACAAGACAAAGACUGGACACAAAACAGAAACCUAAAGACACAGAACCAAACGACACACAGGUGGACACAAUGAAGCUAACGAGACAGGUGAAGACAAUGACAGGGAAACACUAGGACAGGGAAAAACCAAAAACAACAGGGGGGCACGGCUGUGGCCGUGACAGCUUCCAUACAUGAGGAUCUAUAAUAGGUAAUAAAUAGGUCUAUAAAAGGUACACUCUUGCACUUUUGAGGUUCAUGUUGUUUAAUUUGUAACUUGUUUAACUACUUGCUCUUAUAUUUCUUCCCAUUGGCACUUGGUUGCUUAUCACAGUGUAUGUUCAUGUUUUGGAGUCCCGCAAUGUUUAUGGUGGCCAUCUCGUUGUUUAUGAUCAUUGACCUAUGCACUUUUGUAAAGCUCUCUCUUGGAAGUCGCUUUGGAUAAAAGAAUCUGCUAAAUGAAUGUAAAUGUAAAUCCUUCACAUUUGUCCAAAAGAGAUAUUUUUGUGAAGUAAAGAGAGUUUUUGUAAAGUAAUUGUACAAUUCUGAUCUCUAUUGGUGAUAUACAAAUGUAGUAAACAUGUGUGAUGUGAGAAUUCUAAACAACCGUGCUUUUAUAACUACACUUUCACUCAUUCCAGGACAUCAUGUCCAACUGAAUUAAGGUGUGUUAUUUUGUUGUGCUUAUGGACACAGUAAGGGUGUCACCCAUUUUGUUUUUCCCCCCGAAAGCAUAGGGACCUAAAAACCUAAAUGAGUUCAGAGCUGGUUUUUGUGCGUGUUCCUUUUUGUAUAUAGAAAUUAGAGCAGAUAUUUGUGAAGUGCCCUCUACAAGACUAAUACAUUUUUAUAUAUUAUUUUAAAGAUUCCGUUUCUGUAGUGUGAUAAAAUGAUUAAUGUAAUGAUGCAAUGACUGUAAACUUUCAAACUGUUUCAAUAAAUAUUCAAUGUUAUGUCUGAAAACUCCUCGGGGGAACCAGGAAUAUUAAGUCCCUUAUGAAUGUAGUCAAAGUAGGGAUGAUGUCUCCACAUCAGUGUGUCAAAUGUUCUUCUAUUGUCUGAUUUUAAAGCUAUUGGAGUAGUCAGGAAAAUAAAUCUUGGUUAUGUGCUCAUACCUUUUUAUUCAAAGCACAACCAAUUAGCUCUAACUAACAAUGAAGCAGAUUCCAUAACUAGAGUGCAUUUACAAGAACCAUCCAAAACUCACUUUCCAUAUUCCUGCAUUAAUGUCUGUUUGCUUGAUUUGUUCCUAAAGCUUUGCAUAAAUUAAAUAACAUGUCAACAGUCAAACAAGAAGAACAUGUCUGGUAUACAUAUAGAAGCUAUGAUGAAUAUUGAUCUGAUAUUGAGCAUGUGAUAAUGUUACAUAUAACA